UGUCACAAGGUGAACAUAGACGCUUCAAAUACAGCUUUCUCUGUCGGUUGUAUUUAUUUCUAGAUUUGUAAAAUUAGCUAAACUCUCAUCGUUAUCAGAACAACUUAAAAUGGGUACUUGAUACGAUGAUUAGAUUAAUACUAAAUGUAUCCAUUUGGGAAGAAUUGGGAAUGGAUCAUCUUUAUAAACUGCCAACGUUUGCUCCUGGUCGUAGGUUUGCUAGCUAACGUUGUAAGCUAUACAUGAAGCCAGAGCAUUCUCUUCUUGUAGCUAGCUAGAUCAGCUGGCUAACUCUGCCCGGCCAGCUACGGGCGAACAACAGCUAGCUAAUCCAGCCACUUGUUAGCUCAUUUCAUUGUAACUAACUACAUAAGUCUGAAAGUUAACGUUAGCUAAAGAGAAUGGCGUCGUCAUUUGUGAUUGGAAACACAUUUCGAGAGAGAGUAAGAGACUUGCUGGAGAAGGAUGAAGCUUCAGUUCCAACAGAACUACAGAAAGAAUUGGAAGAUAUUCUUCAACGGGAACAGCCAUCAACUCUGUCUUUCAGAACUGCAAGGAAAUUUCAUAAAUGUCUGCUCGACAAUGGUCAACCCUUCUACCUUAAUGAGUUGUUGGAGGACAGCUCAUUGCACCUGCCUGAGGUUGAAACGCCCCCCAGAAACCCUGUGCUCGUGGCUCGUCUGGAGCGAAUCAGAGCCAAGUUGGCCAAUGAAGAAUACAACAGGAUGACACGGAAUGUAAACACUCAGCAAAUGAAUCGGCGUGAGACAUUGGCGGACUUUGGGAAAGAAGUACGCUCAGCCAAAGCUGCUGUUGUGACGGUCUUAAACUUCCUAGUGACAGUGGUGGCGACGUUCGCCUGCUCCUAUCUCGGCAGUCAAUACCUCUUCACAGAGACAACGGCGAGGGUGAUAUCUGCAGUGAUUGCUGCGUCCAUUGUCGGCCUGGCAGAGCUGUAUGUUCUGGUACGGACCAUGGAGGGAGAGCUAGGAGAACCAUAGCACCAGUCAGUGUUCUUAUCAACAAAACUCAUUGCUGGAGAACUAUGCCCUUACCUGACCGACCAGUGGACUUCAAAAACGGAAAUCAAAGGGGUUAAAUUUACAUGACAUUUUAGUCAUUUAGCAGACACUCUUAUCCAGAGUGACUUACAGGAGCAGAUAGGGUUAAGUGCCUUGCUCAAGGGCACAUCAACGAAUGUUUCACCUCGUCAGCUCGGGGAAUUGAAAACAGCAACCUUUCGGAUGCUGGCCCAACCUCAUAACCGCUAGGCUACCUGAGUGGAAGUCGAUGUACAGCUUUAACUUAACCCCAAAACUAGUGAUAAGAAUUGUCCCACGUUAUUCAUGAAUUGAAAACGGAUCAGUGUGAAGAUCUUGAAUGUGACCCAGAUGUAAAAGUUGCUUGUGUUUUACCAUCGCUUCUCUAUCAUGAUGACGUUGACUCCGCGUUUCCCAACUCGUUUAUUGAUUAAUGUCCACUAAACAAGUUGGGAUAUUUAGCUAUUUAUUUCCAUCCAUUUUGCUUUCAUAGUGCCUGUUAAAAUAACCAAAUUUAAAAGAAAAUGUAAGAUCAUUUCCUACUAGGAUGUAUCGGGGAUUUUUUCAUACAAUAGUUUAUUCAUACUGUACUUUACACUCCUUCGGUGUGUUUCUGUGAAGUCAGUAUUGUUUGUUUGUCUACUCAAUAAAGUUAGCGGCCAUGGAAUUACCUCUAAGAUCAGUUUGGUUCAAUGUAAAAAAAAAAAAUACAUUCAGUACCAGUCCAAAGUUUGGACACACCUACUCAUUCAAAGGUUUUUCUUUAUUUUGACUGAAAAACGUGUGUGUGUGUGUGUACACAAACCCCCCUCUAUGGUUAGGAUUGAAGUUUUGAGCUGCUUCAUAACAGUUCUUGAUAAGUCCCACUUUACCCUUACAUUGACCGUAUUAGCCCUGGUAAUAUUAAGGAUAUUCCAUGUUCUAUUAGAAAUAAAAUAGUUGUUUUUGUCCAUUGUACCUGGCCAUUUACAGUAAAUUGAGGCAAGUGGUAAACUUUGAGUAACAAUUGUCUCACAUCAGACUGAGUACAGUUAACACAUUCACACUAUGAAAGGCUUAUCACUUCUAUUCAUGCCAGUAGUAGCCUAUAAUUGGGCUAGAAAAACUCACAGGCAGUGUCUUUGGAGAAUACGGUUGUUUAUGACUAGUGAAGUUAUUAUUCCAGCCAGCUCUCUAGCACGGGGCCCCCCCUGGGUGAAUUUUGGGUUUUUUGCCCUAGCACUAUAAAGCUGAUUUAAAUAAUCAAAGCUUGAUGAGUUGGUUAUUUGAAUCAGCUGUGUAGUACUAGGGCAAAAACCAAAACGUGCCCCCGGGGGAGGCCUCAGGACCGAGUUUGGGAAACCCUGCUCUAGCAUCCUGCUUCCAGAUGUGGCACAGUAUUGUCUUCAACUGCCGAUCGGCACUUACCUGUUUUGAGGUGAAUUAGAGAGCAAGAUGGAUUUUACAGGCCACAAACAAACACACCAAUUAUAGUUACCCUGGGAGCUGUGUAGUACUUAAAUCUGUUCCAUGACAACACUUAUCUCUUUUCAUGAUUCAAAACCAUUUUCCUAUGAUAUCUGACUUUGGCUUGUGUUAGGACUUUUCCCCCACCUAUACUGUAUCUCUGGACAAUUUCCUUUCCUAUUGGUUGAAAGAUUAAAGGAUGUAACUACAUCUGGAAUACAAAAAAGUAUCUCAAAGAUCUGAGAUUUGACACCCAGAUUAAGGGUUUAUUGAAAGAUUAUUUGGUAUUAAAGAUGAUUAUGAUAUUGAGAGAUCACUGUCCAGCAGGCCGGGGUGAACUGUCAACAUGCUCUUGUCCUAUCUUGACUGUAUUACUCACAUGUAAUACUUCACUGGAGACCUUAAACCCAGCUAGAAUUAAAGAGCUGGUAAGCUGAUAGACGCUGAGCUUCAGUUUUAAUUUAUUUCUUAUUAUUCAUUUUUUCUCUGUCCAACCCAUAUUAUUGGAGAAAAAAAGUUUUUAUUUGGAAAAUAAUUAUUUCUGUCAUGGUAUCUUGACACAAGAAAUCAUUUUAAUCAGGAUAUUUUGAAAGAUAAUACUCCCGGAAACAUUAAAUGUCGAAUCAAAUCCGCCUGGAAUGAAUAACAGACCAAAUGGAUCUAUGAGACCUGAUUCUAUGUCACGUAGAAUACAAAUACCUCCGUAAACAACUAUGUAACAUUACAGUAUGUAAUGCAUAUGGGUCCUCUUGUCCUCCACAGAAAGUUGCUUGUCCAUCAAAGACCCUACAAAAUAAAACUACGAGAGGGCUAUCCUAUAGGUAACCCUAUCUCUGUAACCAUAUAUUAUAUUAUUUAACUGUUUUAAAAAAGGUCAUAUUAAAUCAUUACUAUGGUGAAAUACAUCAAUAUAUUCCUCUUUGGAUGAAUUAAACGAUUAUUACGAUUAUUCACAAGCUAAUGAAAGACAUAAGAUUCACACAUUUAACAACAAAAUAAAAACAAACAAAAUUGGUCAAUUGGUCACAGAUUCUGCCAAUGUGGAGAGACAGACAACACACAUACAGUGCCUUCAGAAAGCAUUCACACCCCUUAAUAUUUUCCACAUGUUGUUUGCGUUACAGCCUACACACAAUACCCCAUAAUGUCAAAGUGGAUUUUUGUUUUUAGAAAUUUGUACAAAUUCAUUAAAAAUGAAAAGCUGAAA